AUGCCUGCGCGAGACGAAAGGAUUGGAAUGAGUUUCUCGUGCGCGCUACUUGAACGAACUCCCACCCCUGUGACAUCUGGGGCACAUGACGCGACCCACGGAAGCGCACAGUCUGGGAAGAGAGUUGACGCGCAGGUAAAAAUGAGCAAGGCUAAGGUGUUGCAAAUGGCCCAAUUACCAACACCGAUUGAUCAAAGCCCGAGAAGAGUUGAGUUCCAAGCUCCCAUCCUUGAGGAGCGUGACAGAAGCGAAAUUAUCAGAUGGGCAACGGAACGAUCGUCGUUGGACGCCCAUAUUGAACUAGGCAUGAUACGCUUGGAUGCGCCCGUCGCGAUCACGAGUAGCCCUGAGGGAGGUCUCGGCGCAACGAUUCACUGUUGCGGCAAGAAACCAAUUGAGCGAGCCUCAUCCUCGACUCUCCUCACCAUCAUGGUAUACUUCUCCUUCUUGUCAGAGUCUUCUCCGGGAUGCGUUGCUUCGUCCGGCUCAUCGACGUGGUGGACCAACACUUCUCCUCCAGAUCUUGUCACCGCAAUUAAGGAGGCGCAUUCUAAGAAUGAAAAAAUACUGAGCGUCUCCGUUGGAAACGAUGGCGAUUGGUUCCUAAGCACUGAUUCAGUCAACAGGAAAAAGCCCGGGAAUGAUCCCAUGACAAGUCGCGUCCUUCGGUUUUGCCACGUCGCCACCAUGAAGACCGGGCGCGAAACGGGGCUUGGAAACAUUGCGUGGAUCACAUUUACUCCCGACGGCCAAGGAUUCAUUGGAGUAGUACGUCACAACGGCGUCUCGCACAAUAUUUUUGAGAAACUACCAAAAACGCUCGAUGACCACCUUAAAACCCAUAAUAAGCAGUCACAAAUGAAGAUGGUCUCUAUUGGCCACAACAAUAGCUGGUCUAUCGUGUAUGAGGAUGGGGACAUGAGCGUCGAGGGAAUAUCCACGUCUCUCAUAGAUAAAUUGAAGAAUAUUCGUUCUGUCGGUUUUAACGUCGAGUCCAUUAUACUAUCACCAUCUACGACAUCCAAUUUCAUGGUCACCUAUGAGAAUGGAGCAUCUCACUAUGACGUUCCAUACGCAUGGAAGUCGGGGAUCGAUAAUCAAAUUUCAUUAUGCCAACAAAACUACGCUCUUGAACUCCGACAACUUCAACAAGUAAACGCUAUGAAUAAUGCAGCUAUGUUUAGGUUGGCGAGGGCCAACAUGGUAUCUGCCGCUAUGGUCGCGAAUGCUCAGGCGUCAGCGGCUUAUUACCAGAGCUUUGGGAAUUUCUAG